UGACGAGGCCGCCCAGCCAUGUUGAGAAGUCUGUCAAGCAAAGUGCAGCCCGCCAUUGUGUAGACACCAAGCAGGCUCUGUUGGGAGAUAGGGGCGCUCGGCUCAACAAUUUCACCCGUAGCUACGCGAAAUUCUCCAGCCUGCCGCUCGUAGUGUACUUAGGCAGUCUGCCGGGGGGAAUAAAAAGACAUGUCAGCCAGCAGCCUCCUCGAACAGAGACCGAAAGGCCAAGCAAAUAAAGUGCAAAACGGAGCAGUGACCCAAAAGGAUUCCUUGAAUGAUGAUGAGUUUGAGCCUUAUCUGAACACUCAGGCCAGACAGAGCAAUGCCUAUACGGCCAUGUCUGACUCCUACAUGCCCAGCUAUUACAGCCCCUCCAUAGGAUUUUCCUACUCCCUCAACGAGGCAGCAUGGUCUACCGGCGGGGACCCUCCUAUGCCUUACCUGGCCUCCUAUGGACAGUUAAGCAACGGAGAGCCCCACUACCUCCCGGAUGCCAUGUUCGGGCAGCCGGGUCCCUUGGGAAGCAACCCCUUCUUGGGCCAGCACGGCUUCAACUUUUUCCCCAGCGGCAUCGACUUCUCGGCGUGGGGAAACAGCAGCUCUCAGGGACAGUCGGGCACGCCGCAGAGCUCCGGCUACAGCAGCAGCUAUGCCUAUGCUCCCAGCUCCCUGGGAGGAGCCGUGAUGGACGGACAGUCCCCCUUUGCGCCUGCUGCCAAUGAACCCCUGAAUAAGGCGCCCGGUAUGAACAGCCUAGACCAGGGCAUGGCAGGGUUAAAGAUCGGGGGCGCAUCUCCAGGGGGUAAUGGGGACAUGGCUCCGAAGGUGGUCGGCUCCAGCUUACCGGGAGGGGGUCCUCUCGGGCCAGUGUCUUCUGUCGGACCGCCAAGCAUGCCUCCCGUCUCCAUCGCCCCCGCCAAGCCUGCUUCGUGGGCAGACAUCGCCAGCAAGCCGGCCAAGCCUCAACCCAAGCUGAAAACCAAGGGUGGCAUGGCCGGGACGAAUUUGCCACCUCCGCCCAUUAAACACAACAUGGACAUCGGCACGUGGGACAACAAGGGCAAUGUGCCGAAAGCAGUCACGCCACAGCAGGGCCCCCCAAUUCCUAGCAAUGGGCAACCGCCCAAUCAGGCGUCUCCCCAGCCUGGAAGUACGGCGGCGGGGAACCCACAGAUGCCCCUCAGCAACGGACAGCUGGUACCUCCGGUUUCCCAGAUGGGGCAGCAUCAGCUCCAAUCCAGCGGGCAGCCUGGAAUGGCUCCAAUGCCCCAGGCGCCGCUCUCCCAGGGCCCCCCGCCUCCGCCGAGUCAACAGCAGCAGGCGGGCCAGCCCACCCGCUGGGUGCCCCCGCGGAACCGAGCCAACGGGUUUGGGGACGGCGGCGGCACCGGUGCGGGGCAGUCGCCUCCCGCCUCCUCCGGAGUGGGCAUGGUUCCCGGGGUGCCUUCCGAGCCCCACCCAGUCUUAGAGAAGUUGCGUAUGGUCAACAACUACAACCCCAAGGACUUUGACUGGAACCCCAAGCAGGGCCGCGUGUUUAUCAUCAAAAGCUACUCCGAGGACGACAUCCACCGCUCCAUCAAGUACAACAUCUGGUGCAGCACGGAGCAUGGCAACAAGAGGUUGGAUGCCGCCUACCGCUCCUUGGGCGCCAAAGGGCCGCUCUACCUCCUGUUCAGCGUCAACGGCAGCGGGCACUUCUGCGGCGUGGCCGAGAUGCGCUCGGCCGUGGACUACAACACGUCUGCCGGCGUGUGGUCGCAGGACAAGUGGAAGGGGCGCUUUGAUGUGCGCUGGAUCUUCGUCAAAGACGUUCCCAACAGUCAGCUCAGACACAUCCGGCUGGAGAACAACGAGAACAAGCCGGUGACCAACUCUCGGGACACGCAGGAGGUGCCGCUGGAAAAGGCCCGGCAGGUGCUCAAGAUUAUCGCUGGCUACAAACACACCACCUCCAUCUUUGAUGACUUUUCGCACUACGAGAAGCGUCAGGAAGAGGAAGAAUGUGUGAAAAAGGUGGAGGUCCAAGGCAGCGAGCCAUAUCCCAGCAACCCAAACAACAGGAGUCAUUACAGGCUGCAGGAUCGCCAGGGCCGGAUCAAGUAACAGUUGAUGCAUUUGUCAAAAGACUGCAAAGCUCCCACCUCCCCUCCAAUCUCCCCCAUCUACCUGGCCUCUUCUCCCCAGCCAGCCAUUGCAUCAUCACACCCACACGUCUCUUUAUUAAGAAAUCCUAAAACGGGCUAAAGAAUUAACCGAGGAUGAGAGUAAAAACACAAUGAAGACUUUCUUGAUUUCUUUAGACUUUGAAGACUUACUUGGAACUCGUAGUAAAGAAAAAAAAAUGAGACAAACUAUUAUUCCUAGGACUACAACUUAAUGCAUAGCAUCUUUAGGUGAACUCUUGUUUUGCCAUUCCACUGCAUAUGCUUCUUACGCCCUUAUUUUUUUUUUUUUUUAAAGGAUCAUCUUGAUUUUUUUUUUUUUUUUUACGGUCCAAGAGCAGGUUUGUGCGAUGGUCACCUCCACGUUUGUUUAAAAUGGUGUCCCAAGAUCACAAGUGGGACAACAUGUAUCAUUUCUGCAUUGUUUUGUCUGAGAUCAACAUGAACACAAUUUUUUUUCCCUCAACAGUUUACCACAGUCGGUCAUGUUCUUUAUGGUCAUGUCUGCCAUGGUUUUUGGGGUUUUUGUCCUUCUGUCAUUUCCCGCUUUUCUUCUGGAGGUGACAUUCAGAGUAGCCUUCCAUUUUGUUUUUGCAUGUGUCGGAACUGAGCGCACCGUGGAUGUCCAAAGGGAGACGACUAAAGAAGAAAGCGCUUAAGUUGAGCCUUGCGCAAGAGAGUAUCGUUUGAAAGAGACCCCGCUAACUAAGAGCCUUCAUUGGACUUAAUUUCUCCACCUUUACUUUCCCUUGGACAGCUUAAGUCAUUGUUGCAAUGGGCUGCAUUCUUUUGGGGUUUUUUCUUUGUUCUCCCUUUUCUAAUGACAGCGAUGCGAGUGGCCUUGCCCCCGCUCUUUCUAUUAAUCAGUUCCAAAGUAAUAAAUGUGGUAUAUUAAGCAGAACUGGUGUGUAUUCCCCUUGUUUCACCUAUAUGCUGAAGAAUGUUUCAUAUUUUACACCCGUCCAUCCAAUCAUGGCUGAUCACUACCUUUCCCUCACAUUCUUCUCUACUAACCAGGCCUGUCGAUACUACAUCAUUACCCACUUUACAUUUCUGACUGCUUAAGCCAACCAUAAUCAAAUUAGCUUAUAUUGUUUUGUUGUUUCUGCAGAAUGACAUUUUUGAGAAGUUUCAUGACAUUUUUGAGAAGUUUCAACAUACACAAAAAAAUUACAUUGCAAGGUCCUGUUUCAGAACUACUGGCUUUUAUUUGUGGCAGAAUAAAGAUGCUCCAGGAAGUUGUGCGUGUCAUUUUGAUUUGUUC